CCGUUCCGUGGCGGCUCCUGCUGCUGCAGCUGCUUUCAGAGGCAGCGGCCGUGAUUGGAAUAAUCCGGGCGUUCGCUCGCUCCCGAGAAGCCCCUUCGUCGUCUUCGCUCACCCCUCUGCCCAAUUAUAUAUAUAUCUAUCUCGCUCGCGCGCGCCUAGGGCACUCUCAUGCGCACGCGCGCGGAUCUGAGGGGAACGGCGAGCCCGGGCGUCGAGUGAGCGGGAGGCGAGAGAGAGAGGCCUGCGCGCCUGUGUAUUGUGGGGCAGCCCAGCCACCCUCUCGGCUCCCCGCCUCCCGCCGUCUAGCCCAGAGCCGCGUCGCAAGGCCGAAGCGGCGGUGAGGAGGCGGAGGGCGCCUUCUUCUCCCCUCCCCAAACGACGACCCUCUUGACCCGCCUCUCAAGCUCGGACCGCUCCGGUGGGGGGCAGAAAGGAAACCCCUUGGCCAGGAGGAUGACGGGCCCCCGACGCGGCUUUAAAGAAAUAUGCAUUGUUACAAUUUUAUUUUGGAAUUGAUGAAGUGGAAAUACAGAUGAAACAAGUUUGCAGGAUAUCAACUCUACAGCACCAUUUCAUCCCACUCAUCAGCAAAAGAAAACAAAUUGGAAUAAUUAAACCAUUGCUUCAACUGGCCACCAAGUCUUCUAGCAGAUUUUGCUAAACAGUCCAGCUUAGAACUUGUCAAGCAGCAGGGCAGUUUGCCAAAGUUGACAGUGCACAGGAAGGAUUUAUAUUCGGACAAUGAUUUGUCUGAAAGUUUACAUCAGAUUGCUGGGGUUCUAUGCAGUCAUCAUUUCUCAAGUUCAAGGGCAGAAUCUAGACAGCAUGCUCCAUGGGACAGGGAUGAAGACUGAUCCUGAUCAGAAAAAGCAGGAAGAUGGAGUCACCCUAGCUCCAGAGGACACGUUGCCCUUUUUGCAGUGCUACUGCUCAGGGCACUGUCCAGAAAAUGCCAUUAACAAUACAUGCAAAACUAAUGGACAUUGCUUUGCCAUAAUCGAAGAAGAAGAAAAUGGCGAAAUUACACUUGCUUCAGGCUGCAUGAAGUAUGAAGGCUCAGACUUCCAGUGCAAGGACUCUCCAAAAGCACAACCACGACGGACAAUUGAAUGCUGUCGGACAGAUUUCUGCAAUCGAGAUUUGCAGCCCACAUUACCUCCUCCCAUAAGUCCAGGUGGCAUCUUCGAUGGCAGCAUACGUUGGAUGGCUGCAUUUAUUUCUAUGGCAGUCUGUAUAAUAGUUAUGAUCAUCUUAUUUAGCUGUUUCUGCUACAGGCAUUAUUGCAAGUGGGUAGCAAAGAGAGGAUGUUAUAAUCGUGACCUGGAGCAGGGUGAAGCCUUUAUUCCGUCUGGCGAGUCACUUAAGGAUCUUAUUGACCAAUCACAGAGCUCUGGCAGUGGUUCAGGACUUCCUCUGUUGGUCCAGCGGACAAUAGCCAAACAAAUUCAAAUGGUGCGGCAAGUUGGAAAAGGGCGAUAUGGUGAAGUCUGGAUGGGUAAAUGGCGGGGUGAAAAAGUGGCAGUGAAAGUAUUUUUCACCACUGAAGAAGCCAGCUGGUUUCGAGAAACUGAGAUUUACCAGACAGUUCUCAUGCGCCAUGAAAAUAUACUCGGUUUUAUAGCAGCAGAUAUUAAAGGCACAGGCUCCUGGACCCAGCUCUACUUGAUUACUGAUUACCAUGAAAAUGGGUCAUUGUAUGACUUCCUGAAGUGUACCACUCUGGACAACAGAUCUCUGCUCAAACUGGCUUACUCUGCUGCUUGUGGCCUGUGCCAUUUGCACACAGAGAUAUAUGGAACGCAAGGCAAGCCUGCUAUUGCGCACAGAGACCUGAAAAGUAAAAAUAUCUUGAUAAAGAGAAAUGGGACUUGCUGUAUUGCUGAUUUGGGCCUAGCUGUCAAAUUCAACAGUGAUACAAAUGAAGUUGAUGUCCCUUUGAAUACCAGAGUGGGAACAAAGCGUUACAUGGCUCCAGAAGUCCUAGAUGAAAGUCUGAAUAAAAAUCAUUUCCAGCCAUACAUUAUGGCUGACAUCUACAGUUUUGGCUUGAUCAUUUGGGAAAUGGCUCGGCGUUGUGUCACAGGAGGUAUUGUUGAAGAGUACCAACUACCCUAUUAUGACAUGGUGCCGAAUGAUCCUUCAUACGAGGACAUGAGAGAGGUCAUAUGUGUUAAGCACCUGCGCCCUAUAGUAUCUAAUAGAUGGAAUAGUGAUGAGUGUUUAAGAGCAAUAUUGAAAUUAAUGUGUGAAUGCUGGGCCCACAAUCCUGCCUCUAGACUUACAGCUUUGAGGAUUAAGAAGACACUUGGCAAGAUGGUAGAAUCUCAAGAUGUUAAGAUUUGACCAAGAAAUGCCAUUGGACUGCUAUGCCUCUUCACUCAAGCAAGUAUAGGGUCUGGUGGGAUGGGGCUGGGUCUGAUUUUCAGCCCCCUUCCUCACCACUUUUACAGGCUGCUAAUAUUAAAUCUUUCAGUACUUUGUAGAAAAUGGUAUCCACGUACACUAUAUGGUAUACAUGUGGAUAGCCUCAUUUUACUUUUUUUGUUUUUGUUUUGAGCUGUGUUGAGAUAUUCUUCUCACUUUCAAACUCCCCUAAAACUCAUUGAGUUCUGAAUUUCAUAUUCAGAUGAUAGUGCUUUCUGUGAAAGCCGUAAGUUAAAUGAAUUAAACAGCGGAGGUGGGGGGAAUAAGCUUUUUGCCUACCUGAUGAUACCUUAUCAAGUCUUGGUGGAUUGGCCUGCAGUCUGGGGUACUAAAUAAUUUGAAAAUUCCUUAUGCCUUUUAUGGUUUUGUGUGGGCGUGCCAGGAUUUUUCUGAUGCCAUUUGGAGUACCUAAGAAGCCAUUUAAUUUCAUGCAAAACUACUAUUUUCUUUUGCAAUGCCUUGGCUCAGCAUAUGGAACCUAUUUGGAUUUCAAAGAAAAUCAAUUUCUGCCUUCCUCUGUGCUGCAUGGAAAAAUUAUAUACGUUUCAUGACCAAAAACCAAAACGGCUACUAUAAACCUAUGCAGUAAGUCACCAUCAAGUGUGAUGUGAAGAACAGACCAGAAUACAAUUCAUACUCCCAGUGCUAUGAAUUCCCCAAAGACUGAGCACACAACAUGGAACAGUUAAACGUCUCCGAUAAUUUAAGUGCCUGUAAUCUUGUACUGUAAACUGUAUCUUAGCUAGCUUUAAAAAAGGGAAGUUAUUUAUAUAGUGUUCAGUGUACUUUUAUUUGCUACAUACCUGCUCUUUUGUAUAUGUGUAAACAUAACAUAUUCACAUCUGAAAAUAAUGAAACUUAAUAAUCAUAUUCAAGGUGAAUGUGACUUGCAGAAAUGUUGGAUAGUCUGUCAAAGUAUGUGCAUGGAUACUACAAAGAUAUAAAAAUUUCCCUUUUAGAGGCAUUCAUUAAGACCCUUAAUGCAAUAUUAGAGUGAAUUCAAAUAAAUGUGAGGAUGUGUUAAAAUUUUGUUCUAUAGGUUGCAAACAGCAAAUGGUCAGGCAAAGGAUUGCAGUAUUUUUUUUAAUUUAUAGAUGUACAAAUCUUAUUUAACAUUUCCUUAAAUCAUUGCUCUUUCAGUGAUGCCUUUAAAGUAUUAGUAUCAGCUGAACAGUUCACAGGAUACAUAAGCUAUGAAUUAAUUUAUUUUGAAUGCAGCAAGUCACAGACAAUAUUGUGCCACGGAUCUUGAGCAAAGGUGUGUCAUUUCUUUUCCGUCCAGUACCAGAAAAGCAAUUGGGCUGACGUUCUAAAAUGUCUUUUUGUUUUGUUUUGCACAGGUAGCUGGUAAAUAUUUGCCAUAAAUCAAAUUAUUACACUAGACUACUGCUUUCAGGGAACGCUUUCCACCGUUAACUGACGCGUUUAAGAACUUCUGCAUGGAUUGCUGUUAGUCACAGAGUAUUUUGAAGAUUCAAGAAUUGUUUGUAGGUACACUCAGUCCACUUGCUGGGCCUGUUUGGUCUCAAUAUUACAUUCUCGUAAGCCAAGUAUAUACUCUAGGACACUUUCAGCUAUCCACUAUGGCUCUGAAUAGCAGAGGAAGAUCAGUAGUGGUAGACACUCGGGAAGCCUGUCUGCUUUUACUGAUCAUCUUGAGGCACCUCUGACGUAAUCUCUUGAGGAACCCCAGGAUUCCUGGGAGUGCAGAUUGAAAACCGAUGUAGGCUAUAUUAAAAUACAAUGUUAACAAAUAUAUGUUUACGAGUUUUGUCAGAAUAGUUGGUGAGGUGUAUAUUUUCCAUCAUCCAGAAUGGAAUAUUUGUUUUCUUGUUUUAAGUGCCAUGUAAGUUGGGUAGCUUUUUUAGUGGUGCAUUAUAUGCUGACAUUUAAUUUUAAUAUUGACUUGAGAAUCUAAAAUAAAGCAAAUGCCAAUACUAACUCAGAGCCACUGGGUUGCAUCCAAAUUAAGUUAUUUGCGCUUAAGCCACAUUUUCUCCCAAUGAGAACUAACUUAGUAAUGACUAACUUUUCACAUUGGAUUCAGUGGAACCUAAGUUUAACUAACACGGUUUGGAUUUAGUCCAUUAUUCCUAGAGUCCAGACAUAUCUAUGGGCUAUUUCAUGUCCCUGAUACUUUCUUAGGAGACAUUUUAGCUAGAGCAGAGGGAAUAGCCCAUUAUUUCUGAACACACUGCAUUUUCUAGUAGAAGCAACAGAUGUCUGGCAUUUCACUUUCUAAUUGGAAGUGCCACAUUCCUUCCAGCUAUGCAAUUAGUAGAAAUGAAAUUUGCCUCAAAAAGGCUUGAGAUUGUUAAACAAGUUUUGAAAUAAUUUCCUUCCAAAAUUUAGUACCAUUAACAUAAUGUUUAUGAAAUUUUUUGUUCUUUUAGCUAGUUCAACUGUGACCUUUGCUAAUUUUUUCUUCUUGAGUUCAUCACAUGGAAGCAAGAUUCAAAAUCUCAUUUACUAAAGUAAAUUUUAUUUUUGAUCUCUUGCCCUCCACCCCUUGGCAAUUUUACAUAAGAGCAAGGGGAGAAAUUGUACUCGGUUGUCUUCAUGGUACUAAUCAUUCUGUGUCCAUGUUUCUUUGGAUCCCUUCUACCAGCUGUAUGAAUGUCCCACCAAUUUGGGGGUUUGUUUUUUAAGGGCAUCUUUAACACCUCUGUGGAUCACCUUAUUGAUCUGACCAAAGCUAUGCUUGGAAGUCAUUUGUUUCACUCAUACUAAUUCAGCAGUUGUAAAAAUGUUUGACUAAUUCAUGAUUGUAAAUUAAUUUUCAAUUGGGAGUAGAUGCAAGUAGCAAUUCUGCUAUAUUGUUGCACUUGAUGUGUGGUAGACUCCUUCUUACUACUUGGUGGCCAAACAGCCUCACAUAUGAGCUUCUGCAGUGUGCUUUUAUCUCCAGGCUACCACCAAAUAUUCCUGGUGGCAGCUUGCAGACAAAUGACAUAUUUCCGAUUCACCUGGUGAGCCAAUACAACAUGAAGGAUGUGGCCACUCACAGAGGCAUUUUCAAGUGUCCAUGACAUCACAGCCAAAGAGUGAGAAGUGACCUUAAAUGUGGCAAAAUUGAAUCAUACCAUUGUCAAAAGAAUUGGUAUGUUUUUCAACAUUAUUGCCUUAUCAUAAUGCCAACAGACUCAUUUCAGACUUUUUCAUGCUAAUGUUAUCUUUUAUUAGACUACGUUUAGUAUGUGUGUGAGUCAAUUCUUUAAUUUUGUACUAUACACACUAGUUCAUCAACAGUGCAUUUGUGCCUUGGAAGUAUGCUUUUGAAAUAAUUUCCCGCUUGCAAACGAAUGUGUACCUUGAAGCUUUGAGAGUAUCAUGAUAGUUAGAUUAAUGAAAAGUAUAAUGGUUGGAUUGCUCCCUUGUUUAUUAUGAAGCAGACUUUUCAACUCUCCCUCUUUUUUAAGGAAGCUGCAGCAUUUUGCAAAGCUGUGCCACACCACCCUUGGGAAUUUGAAAGCAGCAGGGGCAGCUCCAUUUAAGCCUGUGAGGAAGGUUGGUUAGUGUUAAGAAAUUACUGCAAAAUACAUUCAGCAUUUGGGUUAAGGAAUACUAGAGGAACAAGAAUGAAUGGAAAUUUCCCCUUGGAAUUCCGUUUGCUUGUUUUCUAAAAUAUUCCUGAAAGCCAAUAUUGUAAUUAAAUUGGGUGGCGUUUUCUGCUCCGCAAAAUAUUUUUAACCAUUGUCAUCUGAGAGAACUUACUAAUUAUCUAAUAACAAUCAGCCAAGACAAUUGGUAUAUAUUUUGAGUAUCACACUUCUUUUUUAAAAGAGCAAAAAGCCAUCAUUUCAAUAAGUUCUGACUAGUGCCAUAAAAAAAAAACCUAUUUGCUUCUUAUGCCAUAAAAAUGCCUACCUCCAUGAAUACAUUUCCUGAGUGGCUGCUGUCACCUGUUGCUUGAUGUAACACCUUCAUAUUCCAAGAAUCAGCUUCUUUAUGAACCCAUAACGCCUGUUUGUGUCGCUAACAGCAUCGGUUUCCCAUGUCUAUUUUGAGAAAUGCUUUCCCCUGAUACUCUUCUCAGCUCUAAACAUUAUUUGUCAUUGCAUCUGUACCUUUCCAGUGCAUGGGAAACGAGACUUUUCCGUUUCCCCCAUAUAUUUGUGAGCACUACAACUUCUCUGUUUAAAUAGAGUAAGCUGACACACUACAAAUUUGUAGGUUGCCUUCUCUGCAGUAAUGCUGUCUGACGUCAAGGUGUGAUCUGAAAUACUAGAACAAAACUUAUUAUUUUCACGCUGCAUACUAAUUUAAAUACUGAGUCUUCUGCCCAGUUUCAAUGUGAGAGGACUCAGAUUUGGCUGGUCUUUUAGAAAAGUAAUUAUGUACCUUUUGCCUCGUCUUGUGAUGGUAGCUAUUGUUGGCCUAGUCACUCAUAUUAUACCAUGUCUCCAAAACCCAUUUUGGUGGAUUGCAGAAGUUUGUAGAAAAAGAGACGGGACCAGACCCUUCUCUACUACAAGCCUCAGUAAAAUAAAAGGGAGAUUGUUGUGUAAACAGGAGUGUUCUUUCACAACUCCCACUCAUUCUAAACUGGUGUUAAAAUUUCUGGUGGAUUGUGCCCAAAAUGAAAGACUUAUUUCCUGUAUCAAAUGUGGAAUUAAUGAUACUGCAAAUGAUCAUCUCAUUGAACAAUUGCCUUGUUGUAUAGUACCCCUGAAUGCAAUAUAAAUGCCCACAUACUGUAUUCAUGUUUUGUGCUCUGACUUACCCCAUGCCCAAUAUAAAAAUGUACUAUAUUGUAUACAGAAAGAAUAAUGUAGCUAACCUAUAGAAGAUGUAAAUAAAAAGGAGAGGGUGAAAGAAGCAGUAUGAUUAUACUCAUUUUGUUAUAUAUAUACCACAAGUUUAGAAUGUUUUUUAAUUGUAACAGGCUAAGUGUCUUUUUGUACAGCAUCUGAUUUAAAAGGUGCCUUAAGUUUACCAUGAAUUGCUUUGUUCUGUACACAAAUUUAUGUCAAUGUAUCAUUUUUAAGUAAAUAACCUUAUUUUAGUAAACAUUA